GGGUAUCAACAGCAUGACAGUCAUGAGUUGCUUCGUUGUUUACUUGAUGGGUUGUGUGCUGAAGAGUUGAAUGCAAGAAAACAGACUACUUCUGUGGAAAAUGGGAUUUCCUCAAAUCUAGGUCCUCCUUUUUUUGAUGGCAUCUUUGGGGGCCAACUAUCCAGUACUGUUUCUUGUUUGGAAUGUGGGCACUCGUCAACAGUGUUUGAGCCAUUUCUAGAUCUCUCACUUCCAGUUCCAACUAAGAAACCCCCAUCUAAAAGGGCCCAACCUAUUUCUCGAGCCAAGAAACCAAAGCUGCCUCCAAAAUUUCCGUCAGCUGGUGGUUCAUCUUCUUGCCAAGUAGAAUCUACUGUGCCUGUCAAAGAAAAAGUGGGAGAUGCUUUGGUCGAUUCUACAGUGUUUGAAUCCGUUGGCCCUAGUACAGUGGCAGAUAAAAAGAGUUCAGUUUCAUCAAAUCUCUUGACUGCUGAAGAGUUUGAAAAGAAUACAUUCCUCAAGAAUGUCAUGGAUAAAACAGAGGCUUCAGUUGACAAUUUAGCAUGGUUGGAUUACCUGGAACCAGAUCCUGUGUCAAAUGACGAUGAUACAGAUUCAAAACAUAAUGAUAUUUUAGCAAUUUAUGAUUCAGGAAAACAAUAUGGUGUUCAAAACAAUGCCUUGUUACAGGAUGGCAUCGAAUCUAGCAGGCAGAUCCAUUCUCUUUGUAUAGUAGAAAUAGCAGGUUCAUUGGACAAUUUGACAUGGUUGGAUUACCUUGAACCCAAUACAUUAUCAGAUGAUCAUGUUAUGGCUUCCAAAGUUGACGAUGCAUUAGUAGUCCAAGAUUCUGGCAGCAAGGAUGGUUUAGGGAAUUCUUUUGAAAAUGACCUCCCAUUACAGGUCCAAGAUUCUGAAGUUCUGUUGCUUCCUCAUAAAGAAGAAACUUCAACUAGUGGUGAGAUAUUUUGUCAAGUGAGUAAUUUUCCGGCAAACGAAAUUGCAGAAACUGGUUUCUUAGAUGGAAAUAGCAGUGAGUCUGAUCCAGAUGAAGUCGAUAAUAGUGAUUCUCCAGUGUCCGUAGAGAGCUGUUUGCCGUAUUUCACGAAGCCAGAGCUUCUCUCCAAUGAACAUGCUUGGCAUUGUGAAAACUGUUCAAAAGUUCUUCGUGAGCGAAGGAUGAAAUCAAGGAAAAAGAGGCAGAAAGCUACAUCCAAGAUUCAGGUAAGUGGGGUUGAGGAUAGUAUUCAAAGUGCUCCAAGUGCAACUUAUAAGUAUAAGCACGUCUCUGAAUUCAAUGCUGCACAAACCAGACCAAAUAAGCAGAUAAAUAUGAUACAAAACUUUCUAAAUGGUAAACACAUAAAUAUAAGCGCGUCUCUGAAUUCAAUAAUGGGAUAUUAGAUCGGAAUAGUUGCGACUUUCAAAUUAAUGUGACAGAAUUCUGACUAGAACUACAUAAUACAAGAGUAUCGUACUUAUAAAGGAUAAUCUCAGAAAAUAUAAAGAACACAAACAUAGAUUUGUACCAAGUAGAAAACUUAUACAGAAAACAAAUUUCGUAAAAUAAUAAUCUGCAACAAUAUUAUCAGAUUCUAAUAAACAAAAUCAUGAAUAACCAAAAAUUACGGUUAAAGACAACAUAAUAAGAAAUAGAAUUUGACUCAAACAUAGAUUCAUGUAAAAUCAUAUUUUAAAUACAGAAUAUACAAAAUAAAGUAACUACCGAAUAAAAAUUCUAUAGGUCAAAAAACCAGAAGCAUUCAAAAAAAAAAAAAAAACCAAAAAACAUAGAAUAAAAUUCUGUAUUGAAAACAGAAUACAUAUACAACAAAAUCCAGAAAAGAAAACCAACAAUCUGUAU